AUGUACUGAAUACUUUCAUUUCCAGAAGAAGUGAAUGAGCUGAAAUUAAAAAAAAAAAAACAUCAGUGGAAAGUUGCUGUCAUAAUCAUGUGGCUGAAGGAGAAGAUUGACUUUGCAUGGAAUUUCUUGAAGCUCAUCUUCAUAACAGCUCGAAUGGCCUCAGUUCUUCUCUUGGCGCAGGUGUCAGGUUCACAACAUCAGCAGCUACAGGAUCGGAUGAUUGCAGUUAUGAAAACUACACCCUUGAAGCCAGAGGAUUAUGUUGACUCUAUGUACAGUUUCUCCUACAUUUACCAGUUCUUUCAUUCACGAUACAUUGACCUGUUCUGCCAAGCAAAGCUGAAUGAUCUUGCCCCAAAUCCGACUCUUCAGACACUUAAUGGAGAGGUGGUAUCGCUGUUGAGUGCCAUGAAGCACAACCGGCCACUUGUUUUAAAUUUCGGCAGCUGCUCCUGACCUCCAUUUAUCACCAGCCUGCAAAGCUUCAACGCUAUAGUUGAGCAGCAUGGUGACGUGGCAGAUUUUCUGAUCAUUUACAUAGAAGAAGCCCAUCCAGCAGACGGAUGGGCAUUUAAAAACAACCCCUUCACGAUCAGGAGACACCGCUCAAUGACAGAAAGGCUUGAGGCUGCUCAGAUGCUGGUUGAGGCACACCCAUCCUGUCCUGUGUGGGUGGAUACCAUGCAGAACCAAGCCAAUUUUUUGUAUGGUGGUCUUUACGAACGGUUGUAUGUUUUGUUAAAUGGUCGUGUGGUUUAUGCUGGUGAGCGGGGCCCUCAAGGCUACUCUCUUGAGGAAGUUGCAAAUUGGCUGUCCACGUAUAGAUAUUCUAUGCCCAACUUAUCUUUAGAGACUUUUGAGACUUAACACCAACAGAGUUUCUGUCCUGCUCUAGGUGCUUGCUCUCUUGACUUAAAAAUUUUGUUGACUUCUCCAAAGAUAAUCAAAUAAUUUUUCAUUUCCAACAUGCUUACUGUACAUGGCAUUGGCAAAUUCUGCAUCUGUUUAGCAUAUAUUCCCUAUUGUACAGUGCUGCUAGCCACCACUUAUGAUGCGAGAUGACAGAAAAAUUGUGGGUGUCCGCUAGUAGUUAAUGUGUGCACGAUGUUUCACGAUGUCUUCAUUCAUACAUAAUCAGAAUUGUUUUAGAGGAAAGCAUAGUUAUAAAACAUUUACCUCUAUUUAUGUCCACGUUUGAUUGUAUUUUGGAAUUCUGCCAGGAUGAUCUGGCUCUUUGAUGUUUUGGGGAGAGAAUCACCACAUGCUUCACAUACUAAUGACGACUCAGGCAGAAACAUUGUGCUUGUGACUGAUAACAAUGUGAACCAUGUGGGAUUUCUGUCCAUGUUUGCUACAGUUUAAAAAAGUGGAUUUAUUUUGGAGUGACAACUAAGUCUAUUGCAUGAAGUGCAUUUACUGUACUAUUGUAUACAUUACUACACAGAAAUGUAAUAGACAAUGUGUGCAUCAAAUCUGUGCCACAUUAUGCAGUUUUUUGGUUGCUUUAAAAAAUGUGUAUAAAAUUAAUUUUUAAAAAUAUCGAAACAUUAUUUAAUUAGUGCUUCCAUUAUAAUCAUCAUCUGUGGAGUUUUUGUUCAUAAAACGUUUUCAGCCAGCCUUUAUUAAACUGUAUUAACUUUAUUAAAAUAUUCUCAUACCAC